AUGUCAGCUACACAAAUUCAAGAAUUACUGAUUACUUUUAUUAAUGGUUGGAAAUUGGUAUUGGUCGUAUUUGCAGCAUCACCUUUAAUGAAUGUCAAAGAUUACGAAGAUUUCAAUAAAAUCGCCCAACAAAGUAUUUUGAAUAUGCGAACAAUUGCGGCAUUGAAUCACGAGGAAACAUUCAAAACAAGAUAUAAACAUUCUAUUGCAGGACUGCAUAGAAUGGUUAUUCGUGAUACUUUAAUUAUUGCCAUCGGAUUUGGCGCGUCUCAGAGUUUUCGAUUUGGUGUCUGGGUAUUGACAUUUUGGUACGGGAAACUGUUAGAUCUUGAUGCUGAAAUUCUCGUUGGAAAGAAUAUUGCAUUAGUCAGUCCAGCCAGUUGUGAUAAAUCUACUAUUAUCUCUUUGUUCCCUCGAUAUUAUGAUGUUGACUCUGGCACUACUAAUAUUGCGUAUGGAAAGAAUGAUGUUCACAAGAGGAGAUUACUGAAUGAAUCAGCAAAUAUUCAUAAUUUCGUUAUGAGCUUACCAUCAGAAUAUGAUACGCCUGUUUGUGAAAAAAGAAUUCAGUUGAGCGCACGUCGCAAUAGCAUGAGCAUUAAUUUGAAAUUCAAAACCUAUUAUUAUUAG